AUGUCUUUUAGUAGGCAUGCCUACAGGCAUGCUCUAAAAACCCCCUCGGCUCCGACUCUCGAUCAUCCCUGGGUCAGUGAUGAUCUGCUUGCAGCAACUUUCCGUCGCUUCGCCAACGGUCAACGACGACAUGGCAGCUGCGUCCCCGGCCCACUGGAGGCGCGAAGACGACUUGCUCGGCGCCGGAAUACAGCACUGGCUGGCUUUGGGGUAUCUCCAGCGGAGGAUAUCGCGUGUCUAUUUGGGCGAAAUGGGAGAGAACAUAUGAAGUGGACUGACCACCCGUGGCAGAGAUCGCAUGUCGAUACUCAAGAUUUGAGUAGCUAUGCUUUCGCAACCGCCGAGACUGCGCUACUCUUCUACGACCAUAAUCCCAGCAUUGACCCGCGUAUCCCGAAAGAACAAAUUUUGACUUCGCGGCAAGAAAGUGAACCAACACAGGCGCAAAUAUUCGAAAAGUUCCUGGAAGGGAAAGAUUGGGGAAUUGAGGAUGCUCGAGACUUCGCCCGUCGGUUGAGAAUUGACCUCCACCGAGAGCCGGAAUACAGUCGUCGGAUUUUCGACAGUUUGCUUAUGCGCUCAACGAAGGAUUUGACGCAAGCAAUAAAAUUCCUGGAUGACCCGUUUUUGAACGUUUGGGGAGCCGGUAACUACCUUGUCGCAGUGAAUUUGUUUUUGCGAACGAAAACAAGGCGAUCAAACCGGACCGCCGUGCUGAACGCAGUCUCCCGUGCCCUCGAGCUGGGAUUGCUUGCAUCGGAUGAACUCUGUUCGAUCUUAAAGGCUUUGCCGCAUAUCCUUGUUGAGCGAAACAAGACUCUGGCAUCAUGGGACCAGAAAGCAUUGCUAAAGCACUACCGUGCUAUGUGGCAGGCCAUCGGACGUUGCAACAUUCUGGGAUAUAGUGAAUUAGAGAAAGAAAUUGUUGAUUCAUGGCUUGAAGAACUCAUGAGCAUCGGCGACUUUCGUUUCGCGGGCGAAAUUAUUGUUGCAACUCACACUGCCAGGCACGAUGUUCAUUGGCCCUCGACCUUUAUUUUGACAUGGCUGGACAAAUUCAGUGAAAAUUUUUCGACGAAAUCUAGCCAGUUCCCUGUGUCUUUGUUACAACGACUCGACCCUGACUGUGCAACUAAUUGUCUUAUCGACGUCACCGAACGCCUGGCCGCUGUUGAGCAGAAGCAGGAUCGAGAUCGACAGCUUGAGCAAUGGAGAGAUUGCCUAUUGAACAUGACUGACGCUUCGUCAAUUGCACGUUCCCAAGUAUGGUCAGAUCUGACGCAGGCCUUCACCCAAAACCUCGAGGGGGUAUUAACUGCCCUCCCUACGAAUUCCAAUCUACCUGUCCAACAGCAAAUUGUACUUCGCUUAUGGGUCUUGCGCACGUUGAGUCGAUCUAUGGGGCCCAUGUAUCACUCGCAUGCCAGAGCAACUGAUCGCUCUAUCUAUUUGUUGCUCAAUCUGUACGAAACCACUAUUUCGCAGACGGAAGGAGCUUUCCUUGCAGACCUAUUGCAUGGCAUUCACAUUCUGAACCUUCCAUAUAACGGCCUUCUUCUGCUCGCAGUUGACCUCAAGUUAAGGAAACUGGUCACCAAAACCACCCGCCACACCCUCGAACGACUUGAAACCUCUCAGGUCUCUUUGGCAGAUCUCUGGACAGACCCAGCCACCUACAACGGAGUCAAGACCCUUUUCUACGGUUACUUUGAACGAAUGUUCAAUCGGCUGGAUCUCUUGAGUCCUGAAACCACAGAAGAAUGUCUUCGCCUCGCCAGAGUAGGUGACUCAAAAAGCAUCUGGUCGAUCACCAGGCUCCUGCGCAACCAUACGCCAUUCAAACUUUGUCUCCACAAGGCCUGGGUGCCCAUGCCACAUGCGGAUGAGAAAGUUCUCGUCCGCUACCACCCCGGACCACGAGACAGCAGAUGCCCUGAUCCUUAUGCUGCCGUUGAAUUCAUCCACCAGCUGGCUGUCGCAUUCUCCUGCUGCCAGCAGUUGACUCCCUCUCGCUCCUUUCACCUUAUCCACUGGCUUUACGACUACCUUCGCAAACAUGGUGGGCCUGUCUACCCGUCUUUGGUACGGGCAAUGUACCAUGCUGGUGUGGUGCGGUAUCGUCGUGAAGGACGACGCAUUUCGCCUACUCAGUAUGAGUAUAUCAUGUGGAUCAUUGAGAAGUUUGAAGGACAGGAUGUUGUUCGAGAGCUUCAUGAGGGACCGCAGAUUGGCCGGUCGAGUGCUGGUUCAUAUCAUGAAUAG